UGAAUGAAUGGGAAAUGGAAUACAAAUAUCGAAGUUGUCGCUCUAGACUUUGUCACACACUCUCUCUCUCUCUCUCUCUAUAUUGAUUGUCUUUCCUAAUUCCUAAUUGCACAAGGAUUCCCUCUCUCCCAAACCAAACGCUUUAAAUAAAUAAAUAAAUCCCACAACCCUUUUCUUCUCGCCACCUCCAUUCCACAUCCCUCUAAUCUUCCUAUUCUCUUCCCUUUAAAUCAAUCCCCACCCCCACCCCCACCCCCACAACAUCAUGGCAGUUGAAGCAAGGCAUCUCAAUCUUUUCCCAUCCCAACUCAUCCCAGACGGAAAUUCGUUGAAUCCGGCCAAUCAAGGGCCCGUCGGUUCUGCAUACAACCCGCAGCAGAUGCGUUUUCUCGGGAUCCCCUUUCCCGCCGCAUUGCCGGAAAACCACUCCCUCUAUCAACCGGUGGUCUGUGAUUCAGUCCAGGCCAAAACCUCCGUCAACACCGACAGCGGCCUCACCUAUAAUAUUCCUGCUCCAAGAAAGCGCUCCAGAGACUCCGUUAAUCAACUUUACGCCACAUCCAAUUACCCUGCACCCCAGAAGAACAAUUGUGCGCCCCAGUUCCCGUCUUUUCCCGGUGAAGAUGGUUUGCCCCAAAUCCAGCAAUACCAGUUGGAGAUCGAUACUAUUAUCUCCCAACAUACCAAGAAAAUCAGAUUGGAAUUAGAAGAGAGGCAAAAGCAACAGGCGAGAUUGCUGGCGGCGGCCAUAGGCGGAGGGGUGAUGAAGAAACUGAAAGAGAAAGAUGAGCAAAUCCAGAGAAUGAGCAAAUUGAAUUUGGUCCUUCAAGAAAGAGUGAAGAGUCUUUACGUUGAGAACCAACUGUUGAGAGACUUAGCGCAAACGAACGAGGCAACGGCCAACUCCCUGCGCACCAAUCUGGAGCAAGUAUUGUUGCACGUGGGCGGGGAAGAGCGAGUGUCCGCGGGCGCGGGCGUGGAGGAGGACGUGGAGUCGUGCUGUGGCAGCAGCGAGCACGGGAAGGGUGAGCAGGAGAAGGAAGAGGGUAGUAGUGGGUACAAUGAUCGGAGGUGCAAGAGGUGUGGGGAGAGGGAGUCGUGCGUGUUGCUGCUGCCGUGCCGGCAUCUAUGCCUGUGCAACGUCUGCGGGAGUGGGUCCCAACAGCUCCAAGCAUGCCCCGUCUGUGACUCUCCAAUGAACGCCACAUUGCAUGUCAACAUGUCCGGUUAACCAUGCGGAUAUCUAUGCUUUUGCAGAUAGCUGCAGCGGAGAUAGAUAGAAAAGAAAAAUAGGACGACUACACACACACAACAUUUUGGGUGUACAUUUUUCCUUUU